UUUUCUCAAUCAGGAAAGAAAUGAGUAUUGUAUGGAUAUUACACGGACUUGACCUUUCCAACUUUCUUUUAAAGAGUCAAUAUGAAAACCUGGACCGAAUUGCCGAGUUGGGUUGCUCCGGUAUAUGUGCCUUGUAUGAGUAUGAUGAACUUGAGAAUGUUACUCCUCAGUUCUCAAUAAAGGACUCUUGCUUUCUGCAAGUUUCUGGAUUGUCGAGAUGGAAUCGAUAUCAACACAAGAAAAACUUUCCUUCGGAUACUAUAUUUGGUCUUCGAACGGCAGUUCUCACUACAGAUGAGAACCUAUUGGAACACAAAAGUCAACUUUCUCCUUUCAAUCUGUUGCUAUUAGCAGAGAAAGACGAAGAUUCAUUGACUCAACGACUUUGGCACAGUUGCUGUCAAUUGCUGUGUCAUACUUACGAAAAAGAGUAUGAAAGGAUAGCGAAAUUCGAUCUUGUUUUCAUUUACUUGAAGAAUAUUCCAAACCAAGUUAUUCUCCGUGUCGCCGAUGUUGUGACAGGAAUGUUACUUUCUAUUCCCAACGAGAUUCCUUUUCUUAGUGUUUUGGGUUUUGAUCCCCGUUGGAACAAGAGUUUUGAGGAUUUGUUUCCUUCUAGAAAGGAAGGCAUUCCAUUUAUGCCACGACAAAGUUUUCAAUCUAUUGAUGAGCUCAUUUUGGAGAGACAUUGUUUUCAUCACAAUACGCAUUUAUGGGCUUCAUUCUAUAAGGAAGGAUUUACCAGACGUGACAAAUGCUGUCGUUUCUUACCCGAAGAUUGUUUUUCACUCGGUUGCAAUCGAGUUAUUCUCGCAGAGCAUCUUAUCUACGAAAUAGCUUUUCUACUAGAAAAAGUUCCCAAAUAUGGUUCUUAAUGAUAUCGAAGAAAUAAUUACAUAAUAACACAUAGCAGAGGCGUUGUAUAUACAUUGUAUGACAAAGUGCAUUUUCAUUUGAAGAGAACUUGUACUGAUUGUAAAAUAAAGAAAUAUCCUAGUGACUAAAUGAGAAUCUCGA